AUGGCGAGCGGCUACACUGAUACAGCCACCCCUUCCGGGGACCAGAGAGCCUCGGCCCCGAGCGACACAGCAACCUCGAAUCGCGAAAGUUUCGUCGGCACGGGCGCGGAGGCGCCUAUCAGUCUUUUCAGUCUGCCACCCGAGAUCCGCCUCAUGAUCUGGCAACUGCUGCUCCCUGGUCGGAGAGUUCUCAGUGUACGAACCAGAAACGGAAGCGAUCCUCGCCUCGCAUUGGAGGGUCAACCAAGGCAGCCGAUCCUGUCACAGAUUUGCCAAGAGAGUCGGAAUUUCAUACUUCGCUGCGGAGCAUUCGUCUUCAAGAAUGGGAACGAUGGUGGCUUCUGGUGGAAUGCAGAAGACGACGUGUUUCUUGUGGACCACCACUGCCUCCUUGGACCUCUUUCAUUCGCCCUGGAGGACCUCGACGGCCUCAACAUGAUUCAGAACAUCGCUGUUGAUAGUUACCAGUCCGUGGCGUUAAAGUGGUAUAAGCAGGAGCCCCGGAGCGCUGAAACAGGCAUGAAGGCUGACAGCGAGGGACAAUACACGGUCCGGUGGCUGCUUUCCUGGGGCAAAGUCUACGAAUGCCCUUCUUAUAAACACCCGAUCCUGCGGUUCUUCCUACACAUCCGCAGCCUCACAGUACACUUCGCAGAGCCCUUCCACGGACCUCCCCACAGCGGUCCAUCGUGCGACCUUCUGGGAGACUGCAGCUUUACGUUCGAGAUCCCAGCCGAAGAUAUGGAGACGGCUAUUGAUAGGUUUGCGGAGUUUCACCGAAAAUGGACAAAUCUACCAGGGGUGACCAUGUUCGACAUAUUCGCGAAACUCCUGUCGUCCAUCACCUCCUUCCUCUUCCCCCUCUUCGCCUCCUACAAGGCGCUCAAGACCUCCGAUCCGGCCCAGCUGACGCCAUGGCUCAUGUACUGGGUCGUGCUGGCAUGCGCCCUCCUUGUUGAGAGCUGGACAGAAUGGUUCCUCGUAUGGAUCCCACUGUACUCCUACAUCCGCCUGCUUUUCCUCCUCUACCUCGUACUCCCCCAGACCCAAGGCGCGCGCGUCAUAUACACAACCUACAUCCACCCGUACCUAGAGGAAAAUGAAACCCAGAUCGAGGAGCUUAUCGCCAACACCCACGACAAGAUGAAGGCCGCCGGAAUCGCCUACCUCAAGCGUGCCAUCGAGGCUUUUAGGACCCAAGUCCUCGGGCUGCCGCCGAACCCGGCCGCCCAGCAGGCCGAGAGCAACGUACCCGCGUCGCAGCGCCCGCGCAGCUACACCCAGGCCCUGCUCGACAGGUUCCAGCUCCCGCAGGCCCAGUGGUCCGGUAACGCCGGCAGCACCACGGGUCAGGACUUCUACAACUUCCUCUCGAACGCCGUCAACGCGGCCACGGCGGCCGUCGUCGCAUCGGACAGCAGUGCAGCGGACACGGGCAGGAAGGCGGCCUCCGCGUCGAGGGGACCCGGCGUCGGGGCGUUCCCCACGGGCGACCUCUCCGCGUCCGGGACGCUCGUGCCGCCCAGCAUCCAGGGCAACGCAGACAAGAUGAGCUUCCUCGCCGCGCAGCGCGAGAGGCUGAACUACGUCCUCAGCGCGCUCGACCGCGAGGCCGCGCAGCUGAAGUCCGGGACAGCGACGACUCCGGCCGGCGAGCAGGAGAUCAACCUCGAGGGGCUUCAGCCCGGCGGCGCCAGCAUCGAAAGGCCGACGACGUCGUCUAGCGGGAAGAGCACGGGCGGCCUGAGCAAGAGCCGUAGCGAGGUUGACUUUGAGAAGAUCGACGCCGAGAGCGGCGCCGAGGACAACAACACGCAGGAUUCGGCACAGGCGACGCCGGCUCCAUCGGGCGGGUCUUGGUUGCCCUGGGCGUGGAGCGCGUCGUCGUCGGACGCUGGGAAGAAUAAGUCUGAGUAG